GAUGCUUAGCUUCAACAACAUCACUUCCAUUAAUAAACGCACCUUUAGUGGACUUUACAAUUUGAACACACUAAUGCUUAUCAAAAACAAUCUGGCAUUUAUUGCCAAAGACGUUUUUGAUGAAACUCUCCUUCUCAAGUCACUAUUUCUUCACAGCAAUGCAAUUAAAACCAUUGAAAGCAAAAGCUUCGACAGACUUGUUCUGAGGCAGCUAACCAUUUUUGACAAUCCUUUACCACUGUUGCCAGAUGGAAUUUUCGACAAAAUGACAAACAAUACUAAGGUAUCAUUGACGUGUAAAAAUCUUCUUCAACUGCCUCGAGGAAGAUAUAUGGCGACAAUAGAAUGUGCUCCUUCGACUUCGCUGCAUGUUACUUUAUCUGGAGAACAAAGCACCUUCCGAGCUGGCUGGAAACGCUCAGGCUUUGAAUGCCGUGAUUGUGACUCACACCAUGUACCUACUUUUCCGUACAGAAGCUCCAGUUGCGCUGAUUGCAGUCUCUGUUCCGUUGGUAACUAUACCAGUGAAACAGGCUGUGUCGAGUGUCCUGCAGGUGGUUUUUAUCAGGAUGAAAUGGGACAAGUUGAUUGUAAAAGAUGCAGUAAUGGUACAUUUGUUUCUGCACUGCAUAGUCCUGGGACCAAAGCGACCGAUUGCGUGGCAUGUCCUUACGGCACGCUUUCGAACGAGACUGCUGGAUAUCGUGCAUGCAGAUGUCUUCAAAGCUUUUAUCGAUUGGAUCGUUUUGGCCCGUGCUCAACAUGUCCACCAUACGGCUUUGUUUGUGAGAACGAUACAGCAAUACUUGCUCCUAACUACUUCUGGAAAUGGUCCAAUCAGUCUGAAAAAGAGCGUUUCAAAGGUUUUGUUAACAAUAUCCAUUCUUAUGGAUCAGACUACAACAAGUCCUUUUCAACGUUCAAUACUUCACUUCCGAAGCCACUCAAAUGUCCCCAUGCCAAGUCCUGCAAGGGUGGAAUCGACUCAGAAUGCCAUCAAGGAUAUCAAGGGAAUUUGUGUGCAACCUGUUCUAACGGCUUUUAUUUCCGCUUCCACUCAUGUUUGAAAUGUCCUCACCUAACUGUAACAAUAAUCUCGUCUAUCUUGGUGAUUGUUCUUUUUGUUGCUGUGUUUCUAAUAGUUCUUUGGGGUGACUCCAAACGUGCAGAGAAUAACCGAACAGUUGCAGAUGUCGUCAUGUCGUGCUUCAAGAUUGUGAUUGGUUUUUAUCAAGUCAUUGCUGGUAUUUUCUCAGCAUUGGCGAAAGUCCAGUGGCCGAUCACUUUGAUUUCAGUGGAGAAAUUUCUAAAAGUAUUUGAAGGGAACAUUUUUCAGUUUGCUCCACUAAGCUGCAUUGAUUCUUCUUUGCGUUUAGAUCAGCUUGGAAAGUUCACAUUGAUCGUUGCCUUGAAUGUCCUACUUGUUGGCUCACUUUUCUUGUAUCUAUCUCUUAAAAAACGCUACAUCAUGAACAAGAAGGACCUUAGCGAAAGCCAGAAAAGAACACAAGUUGAAAGUUUGAAGAAAUCUUGCUAUCGGAAUAUUUUCUUGCUGUUGUUGACGACCUACCCUACGACGAGCAAAUCGAUUAUUCAAAUUCUACCUCUUCCCGGUGCGUGUGUAGAAACGUGUUUCGCAGACGACAAGAACGACUGUAUCUUCCUACUGAGAGCUGACUACUCCAUCAAGUGUUUCACUCCUCGCCACAGCUUGUAUUGGCUCAUGGCUUCUCUUUUGGCAAUAUAUCCCGUGGGAUUUCCAGUUCUAGCUUUGUUUCUCACUUACAAAUACCGUGAGUCCCAGGAAGACAAAGCAAUUGCUUUCGGACUUCGAGUGUUCUUUGAGAACUAUAAGAAGAAAUUUUGGUUUUGGGAGGUCACAGAGAUGUACCGCAAGCUGAUAUUGAUCUCAUUGAUUUUCCUAUUUGGAUCCAAAAGCCUCCCUCAAAUCAGCCUUACUGUUCUGACAGUCAGCGUCUUUGGAGUGCUCUACACCUUAUUCCGACCAAUCAAGGAAAAGUUUGAAGACCGCUUACAAACAUUUGUCUUGUGGGUCAUUUUCUUUGACGUUUGCCUUGGUGCAGUUUAUACGAAAUGGGAUGAGAAUCAAGAGGAGGGCAAGAACGAAUCUGUGUUUGUGAAUAUCCUCUUCGUUGUUCUCAACGCCUCUGUACUGAUGCUUGCCAUCGGAAAAGGGAUUGUCCAUAUGAUGUUAUUCAAGAAGUAUGUUUUCUUCUGUCCAAUGCGAUGUUGCAGUUUCCUUCGCCAAAAAGUCGCUCAUCUUAAAAAUAAAGCGGUCACAAGAACGGGAACAUCUGAUGAACUGCUCAGCUCCAAUGAAGAUAGCGACUAG